UCCCUCGAAACAUCCUGUGAGGCUGUUUUGCGGAAUUUAUACAUCCCAACCUGGCAACUUGCGUGUUGUUCAGGGGGAGGCGCUUAUUCGCAGUAGUUUCUGGAAGGAACCUCAUGCUUGCACCAUGGAGAAAGUUUCAGCAUUGAAAGACCAAGGCAACAAGGCACUGAGUGCAGGAAAUAUUGACGAGGCUGUACGAUGCUACACCGACGCUUUGGCCCUUGACCCUUCAAACCAUGUCCUGUUCAGUAACCGCUCUGCUGCCUACGCUAAGAAGGGCGACUAUGAGAAUGCUCUCCGGGAUGCCUGUGACACCAUCAAGAUCAAGCCUGACUGGGGAAAGGGUUACUCCCGUAAAGCUGCAGCAUUGGAAUUCCUUGGCAAAUUGGAGGAUGCUAAAGGAACUUACCAAGAGGGACUCAGGCAAGAGCCUGGUAAUCAGCAGCUAAAGGAGGGUUUACAGAACAUUGAAGCCCGGCUUGCUGAGAAAUCAAUGAUGAACCCCUUUGCCAUGCCCAACUUGUAUCAGAAGCUGGAGAAUGAUUCUCGGACCCGUGAGCUACUCUCAGAUUCCAGCUACAGAGAACUGCUGGAGCAGCUCAGGAACAAACCGUCGGAGCUUGGCACGAAGCUGCAGGAUCCCAGAGUGAUGACCACUCUCUCUGUGCUGCUGGGGCUGAACCUCUCUGAGAUGGAGGAAGAAGAGGAGCCUACUCCACCUCCUCCUCCCAAACCCAAAGAGACUCAGCCGCCUCCUCCUAAAGAGGAAGACCUUCCCGAUAACAAGAGAAAGGCCUUGAAAGAGAAGGAACUUGGGAAUACUGCAUAUAAGAAUAAGGACUUUCAUACAGCGCUGAAACAUUAUGAAGAAGCAAUCCAACAUGACCCCACCAACAUGACUUACAUAUCCAAUCAAGCAGCUGUGUACUUUGAGAUGGGAGAUUUUGAGAAGUGCCGAGAGCUGUGUGAGAAGGCCAUCGACGUUGGCAGAGAGAACCGGGAGGACUACAGACAAAUCGCUAAGGCCUUGGCUAGGAUUGGAAACUCGUACUUCAAGCAGGAGAAAUACAAAGAAGCUAUUCAGUAUUUGAACAAGAGUUUGUCUGAGCAUCGUACACCUGACGUCCUAAAGAGGUGUCAACAGGCAGAGAAGAUAUUGAAAGAGGAGGAGAAACUAGCAUACAUCAACCCCGACUUGGCCCUGGAAGCGAAAACCAAGGGCAACGACGCCUUCCAGAAAGGCGACUACCCCUUAGCCAUGAAAAAUUAUUCGGAGGCCAUCAAGAGAAACCCCAAGGAUGCCAAACUCUUCAGUAACAGAGCCGCCUGCUACACAAAGCUGUUGGAGUUUCAACUUGCCCUAAAGGAUUGCGAAGAGUGCAUCCGACUGGAGCCCUCCUUCAUUAAAGGCUACACACGCAAAGGAGCUGCUUUGGAGGCCAUGAAAGACUUCACUAAAGCCGUGGAUGUGUACCAGAAGGCCCUGGAGCUGGACUCUUCCUCAAAGGAAGCCACGGAAGGCAUUCAGCGCUGUAUGGUCAGUCAGACCACGAGGAACGACACUCCGGAGGAAGUGAAACAGAGGGCCAUGUCUGACCCUGAGGUGCAGCAGAUCAUGAGUGACCCAGCCAUGCGCAUGAUCCUGGAGCAGAUGCAGAAGGACCCUCAGGCGCUUAGCGACCACUUGAAGAAUCCAGUUAUUGCCCAGAAGAUCCAGAAACUUAUUGAUAUUGGACUGAUAGCCAUUCGUUGAUGAGAACCAAGGGACCAAGACAACAGUGGAACAACGUGAAAAUCCCUUUGAUUAUUACAGCCUCCUUUCUUGCCUUCAAAUUCAAAAUAAUAUUAUUGUCAGUCUCCCUGAGACUUGAUGUGUAUGUUUCUUUAUUUUUUUAAAUCAGUUUCAUAACUUUUUCAUUGUAUUUGAGAAAGCAUCUUGUAUGUUAUCCUCAAACUUCAGGACUCCAUAAACAAAUCUAAAUCUAAAAAAAAACUGGAUUAAUGUGUACAGAUGUUAAAAUCUUCAAAAUAAACAGCACAAUUUUAGUGCUCAAACACAUGCCAUGUUUAAAAGGGAAAUCCACCCUGAUACAGAUCACAUGUUUCUAUUGGUUUAAGGAAAAAAAGAAUCUCUUCACUCAAAAUAAAGACUGUAAUGUAGAUCACGACUGAAAAUUGGUCAUUUGAUCUAACAGUUUUGGUCCUCUUAGACUUUGACCAAACCUGAUGCUUAAUGUAUCUGGUCCAGACUCUUCUAAGCAUGCUAGGAAUCAUUUUUGUAUUUCAGUAUUUUUAUUUCUUCGUUUUUGUCUUUUGGGUGUGAUGAUGGUAUUUGUUUACAGCUAAUAUCGGGCGUGUCGAAUUGGCUGGCAAGAGCAUGGAUUUAAUCAAAUGGUAACUGGUACUGGAAGAAAGCUACUUGAUACCAUGAGGGGAAGGGGAUAUUUUGUGGUUUAAGACUGAUCAUUGGCGUUUCAUUGAAUAAAAUGUCAUACAGAAAUCAAGGCACCUAAGUUAUUGUUUUGAAAUCUGCUAUACCACUAAUCUAGCUCUUCUGCCAGUUGAAGAAUCGAUAAGACCCAAGAAUACUGUAACAGUCCUUCCCCCUGUGUUAUGAUCACAUUGAAACUUUUUUAAUUUUAUUUACUAAAGUCAAGUGAAUGUUUUUGACAGGCCUGAACUAUCGCUUUCCUAACCCGGAAAGUAGAGUUCUGCUGUGACAUAUGUGACAACGUCCCUGGCUGGAGUAUUUCAUGUGAAGAACAGGACAUUUUAGGGUGGAUUUUUCCUUUCUAAACUAGCAGGUAUUGGUUGAGUUAUAGGGGUUCCAAUUAUUUAACUUUAUGAUGCAUCUUUAUUGUUUUUUUGACUUGUCUUUGAGUACUAAAGCCUGGCUAUUACCUAUCACUACUUAAUGUUAAUUCUGCCCUGUAACAAGUGUGUCCCUCUGUGGCAGAUUACUUGGUUUCUGUUUUCACAAAGGAAAUACAGAUGUGACAUAGCAAUGAGACAUGGCUCCAGAUACCUUGAAAUCAACACGUUGUCGUAUUGUCAAAUUGCAACAUUAGAUUUGCUGCAUCUGGUUUUCCCUCAAACUUAUGGCAACCGACUGGGUUAGUAGAUAAAAGCUUGUAGUAAUCAACCACACACUGAAUGUAUCUUUAAAGGUCAGCUUUGGCUUUUUCCCUCAAAGACCAACUAUGUUAACUAUGACUUGAUACAGUAGUAGAGCUACCUUUUAUGGUAAGGUCUUAUUCCGUGUGAUUCAAACCUUACAUAAAAGCCAAUAAAGAGUGAAAUGAGA